CGCUGCCAAUCCUGUGGCUGGAUCAGAAAUAACGAACACCAACCUCGAUGAUUCCACGAUCGCGGUUCCAUUUAAGAAUCAAUCGACCGAUCAAUUGGGCCUCUGUGGAGCAGAGUAAACGACGAUUUCGUGGCUGGCUAUAAGAAAUCUCGGUGACCAUCCAUCGUGAAUUCAUCCCCGGUCGCCAUGGCUCAGCAGCUUUUCCUGCUCUUGAUCGCCCUGCAAUUGACGCUUUUCUCCCGAUUUCCAGGAUUUUGUAAGGCGGCCCAAGUUCCUGCGUUUUUCGUGAUCGGAGACUCGCUCGUGGAUCCCGGCAACAACAAUUACAUUGUCACGAUCGCCAAGAGCAAUUUCCCCCCGUAUGGCAUGCAGUUCGACACGAGAAUGCCGACCGGGAGAUUCACAAACGGUCGCACUUCCGCGGAUUGGCUCGCUGCAUUGCUUGGACUUCCACUCCCUCCGGCAUUCCUGGAUCCAUCACUGACUGCCGUGAAUUAUCUCCAAGGCGUCAAUUUCGCUUCCGCGGGCUGCGGAAUCAUCGACGCCACCGGAAACAUCUUUGUUGGGAGGAUUCCACUGUCGGAGCAAGUCACGCAAUUGGCGAAGGUGAAGAAACAGAUUGCUGGUGUCAUCGGGCCUGGGGCGGCGGAGAACUUGAUCGCGAGCUCCAUCGUCGCCACCAUCGUUGGCAGCAACGAUUACAUCAACAAUUAUCUCUUCAAGGCCACCAAGGAGGCCAAGCUCCCCCCGAAACAGUUCCAGGACCUUCUCAUCUCCACAUACGCGGAACAAGUAAAGAGGCUCUACGAUAUUGGUGUGCGCAAGCUCAUCGCCUUCAACAUCCCGCCGAUUGGCUGCAUCCCUCGCUCGCUCGCAUUCUACGGCAGCAAGAACGGGGAAUGCAUCCAGUUUGUCAACGACUUCGCCAUCAAUUUCAACAAGGAAUUCAAGCCUUUGAUCCAGAAGCUGCGCAAGACGCUCUCGGGGCUGGAAAUCGUCCACACGGAUUCGUAUAAGGAAGUCACCACAAUCUACGACAAUCCCUCGAAUUUCGGGUUUACAUUCAACUCGAUUGCGUGCUGCGGCAAAGGACGGUACAAUGGUUUGAUUCAAUGCCUGCCUCACUUUCCAUCUUGCCGGGACUACGACCAGCGCAUUUUCUUUGAUUCCUUCCACACCACCGCGAGGGCCAACAACAUCGUCGCGAAUUUCACGUAUUUUGGAGGCCAGGAAUUCAAUGAUCCCAUCAGCGUGCAGCAGCUGGCAUCGCUCUAGAAAUCUCAUGUGAUCUCACUCGCAUCAAAAGAAUCUCAAACGCUUGAAACUUUGAUGUC